AUGGCAUAUUCAGCUUCAGACACACAAGAAUUGCCUUUUAAUGAUGACAAGUAUCCUGUUGCAGUACAGCUUUCAUGGCCAUAUUUUUCUACAAAACAAGUUGCUUCAUUAUCAGCCAGUUCCCGAUCAUCAUCACUUUCUGAGAGUAAAGAGACUCAAAUCAGGUUUCAAGCAUGCACAUGGAUAUAUCAUGUUGGAAGGAGUAUGAAAUUGUCUGUUUCUGCGUUUUUUCUGAUCAAAUUAAGUACUAAUAUACUUAACAGCCCUAUACGAACUAUCGGAAGUGCAAUGAUAAUAUAUCAUCGAUUUCAUUUAUUCAAUCCUAUGUCAGAGUUUUCAUAUAUUGUAGAUACAGCAGCUGCAUGUCUGUUUGUAGCAUGUAAAAUGGAAGAUACGUCAAAAAAGUUGAAAGAUAUUCUUAUAGCUAGUUAUAACCUAAAGCACCCAAAUGGACCAGAUAUAUCAUUUGAAAGCCAAACAAUAGAAGAGCAAAAAAAAAGAAUUAUUGGUUUAGAGAGAAUGGUUUUAGAAACUUCUUGUUUUGAUUUUCGACAACGUCAUCCACAACCUUAUAUUAUUAAAUUUGCACGGCAUUUAAAGCGUAUUUCUAAAGAAAUAGCUCGAAAAGCAUGGGAUAUAAGCAUUGAUUCAUAUAAAACAUUUUCACCUCUUAAAUUUCCUCCACAUUGCAUUGCUUUAAUGGCACUUGUUCUUUCAUCAAUAUUACUUGAGCAGCCUUUUGAAGAUGCAUACGAAAAAUUCAUGGUAAAAAAAGAAACACUUAUUAAAGAUGCCUUAUGUGAUAUUCUUGAUUUAUAUAUUCACCAUAGACAUGUUACUAUUGUGGGUCAUGAUACUGACGUUAGUAAAUUUAUGAUUAUUCAAAUUUCUCUCAAUAAAUUUCAUAAAUCUUCAGAAAUAUCUUUAAAAGAUACAACAACUAAUGUAGAAUUUUCAGCCCUUCCCUUUCGAAUUGGAAUUAUUAGCGAUAAAGGAACAGUACGUUUCAUUUUAGAUCAUCAACGGGAAAAGAAUGAGUCAGAAGCCUCUAAAACUAAAAAUACAAAAAAAAUAAAAUCAUAUUAG